AAUGCAAAGAGGUCCAGGAUAAGUUCCUAAUAUGGAUCAGGAGCCUGAUAUCCCAGACAGACGUUGUGUUGAGCAAAAACGUCGUGUUGGGAUACGUUUGAGUCAGCGUGAGUGGAGGUGGCUCGACGAUGCGAUUAAUGCAUUGCAGGGCAGGGGUCGAGGCCAUAGAAGAGCUAGGGGUCAUGGCCAAUGGGGAAGUAGGGAUGGUAGUCGAGGUAGAGCUCGACGUAGAGGGAGAGGCAGAGAUGAUGGUGACGACGGUGGUGAUGGUGAAAAUGAUGCUGGAGAUGACAGGGGUGAUGACGGUGGUGAUGGAGGUGGUAGAGGAGCACACGAUGGUGGCGGAGGACAUGAUAGUGCAUUUGCUGGUGGUAUGGGUGGUGGUGGGUGA